AUUGACGGAAAGCAAAGAAGGACAUAUCGCGAGUAUGAUGCACACACGUGAAACACACGAAAGCAAGGCGUUCUGUUAAAAAAGUGUUUUUAUUUUGCAUGAAAAUGAGCGUAGCAAGAGAUCAACACGGCGGAGAGGUGGAUGAUGAUCGUUUAUUCCUCGACCAAGUUCUGGACAAGUUGUAUGAUUUCGGUGAUGGACAACACAAACGACUGAAGAAAAGGAAGAAGAACUUUGCUAAAGAUGAGAAAGAUACUGUCAAACAUGACACGGACUCAGAGCAGCCCAUGACAAACUCAACAGUAUGUGGAAGCUUGCCAUCUGGAGCUAAACAAUCUAAUGUGGAGGUUGUUACAUUUAUUGAUCCUCGGAGGAAGAACAAAUUACCAAAGGCUGUUGACCUAGCGAAGAAGGCUCCUCCUGAUGUCAAAGAAAAGAAGAAAAAAGUCCCAGAUGAGAAACUAACGAUAGAAAAGGCCCGGCUUGAGGUUCACAGGUUUGGACUGUCAGGGUACGAGAGGCAGCAGCAGAGGGUCUUUGAGCAGGACAGAGCCAUCAUGCUGGGAGCCAGACCCCCUAAAAGGCAGUAUGUUAACUACAAAGUGUAUCAACAAAACAUAAAAGAACGGAAGAUGAAAGAGAAAGAGGAAGCAAAAUCCGAAUCGCAGAACAAAAGAAGGAAAGAAGGACAACCAAGGACUGAGAGAAGUAAAUCCUCCUCUACUGGAGAGCUCGGUGGACAAGUCGGACGCUUCAAAAAUGGGAUGCUGGUCUUGAGCUCCAGAGACAUUCAGAAAUAUAAAGUUAAAGUCAAAAAAGUAACAGCUGAUGAUUAGCAACAGAAAACCCAAAUGCAGGAGCAUUUAUACUUGUAUGGAAUAUCACACUUUGUCUGAACUGGAAUAAAAAUGCGCCUUACUUUAGCUCGGUCAUUAUGCGCACA